UUGUUAUUAUUCCACCAUGUAAAACGUCAGUCGAUGUGAAUAUAUUCGUGAAAAUUCUAAUCCAAUUUGGUAAGGAUAUCGGCGAUUAUAACUAAAAAAUGGAGGAGCAGAAAUUAGAGCAAUUGCGUGGCAAAAAUCCAGAUGAAAUCAAAUCUAUCUUAACUGAAUUUAACUCGAAAAAUGACGACCUUUUUGAUUUUUCAAUGUUCCAUGUAGAUGGCUGCUGGCACGCUAUGUGGCGCACACUGUUUAAUAUUCUUAAAGAUGAUAAUUUAGUAGGUCUACACUCUCUAACUCUAAAUAGCGUUCGUAUCUUAACGCGUGACAAGUUUAGCCUGCAGGCAGAAGAUUUAGAGGAAGAUGUGUUGUGCCUCCUUAAAUUGGCUCAUCUGGAACAUCCUGAAGCCGUUGAAGAAUCAGAUUCAGUUGCUCUCAAAGAAGGUGACUUAGAUGUUGAUGGAGCAGUAGUUCAAGAUGUUACUUUGCAUUGGACUGAUAACACAACGCAAAUCGUCGUUGAGUCCCUUAAGUGUUUGUGCAAUUUAGUAUUCCAAUGUGCAGAUCGCCGUCGUCAGUGUGUUAAAUCAAAUAUCACAGACGCUAUUCUUAAACGUGUCGCUUCAUCAGUACAACAUCCGUCUUCUGUAGAGUUUUUUGAUAUGAAAUUAUUGUUUUUAAUAACGGCAAUGGAACCAGCUACCCGUACACGGGUGCAACUUGAUUUAAAUGGAGUUGCUUAUAUGACUGAAUGGCUUGAUGAAAAGUUGGCAGAAAAAGAGAUUACUGAUCAGCAUUUGGAUUUAUUAUGUGAAAUGUUAAAAGUAAUGUUUAAUAUUACCACCAAUGCAGAUAAAAGCCCCAAUGAGAAUGAAAUUCAAAGUCGACAUUUGACUGGUGUAAUCAGAAACUUACUUCUUAAUUUUGGACAAAUGGAAAAUGAUCGAGAACGCAAUGUUAUUAUGCAUGCCAUCAAUCUUUUGACAAACAUCUCUGGUAGUUGUUUAACCGAGUUGUUGAUUAAGAGUGAAUCAAAUGCGCCAACUACUUGCCCGGUAAUAUUAUAUGAAGGAUAUAACGUGCGUGCAUUGGAAAUAAUUGUGCGUUAUUUAAAAAAUGUAUUAGAAGAGCAAGAUAAGGCUGCCUCAUCUAAUGAACUUGUUUCCCCAGUUUUAACGUUGUUGGUUAAAUGCGCACGAAGUGAUAGAGUUAUGCGCCACUAUGUUAGAAGUGUGAUUUUACCUCCACUACGGAACGUUUUCAAUCGUCCUGAAGUAGGAAAUGAAUUACGGAAUCAUCUUUGUCGCUUUUUAACUCUACCCGAAAUGGUAUUGCGCGACUUAGCUACGGAAUUGCUGUUCGUAUGUUGUAAAGAAAAUGUUGCUCGCAUGAUAAAACAUACAGGUUACGGCAAUGCAGCUGGCUUGUUUGCAAAACGCGGUCUUUUAGGUGGUCGUCAAAUCGAAAACACCGAUUAUUCUUCAGAUAGUGAAGAUAGCGAUACGGAGGAGUAUAAAAAAGUACAACAAAACAUUAAUCCCGUUAUUGGUUGCUAUGAAUCACCCAAGCCAAGUCCUUUUGAAGGAAUGUCAGAAGAACAAAAAGAACAUGAGGCCAUGCAACUUGUUAAUUUGAUGGAUAAGUUACAUAAAGGUGGAGUGGUACAGCCAUGCCGCAUUGGUGAGGAUGGAAAACCGCAACCCGUAGAUCAUAUUUUGCAAUUGCAAGAAGAGUUACCUCAACAGCAAACUGAUCAAAAACGAAAAACGUAAAGCACUGCGUGACAAGAUUUAUGGUACAGUAACUACUAUAAUUGAUAUAGUUUUUAUGUGAGCCUCUUAUAUUUUUAAGAUCCAAACAUUAAAAUUAUACUAUGACAGUUUCAUCAAUGUA